AUGAUCAGAAAGCAAUCCAUGGAAGCACAAAGCAACACUUCCUCUAUCAUGGUCCCUGACUUCCUCCUCAUCUGCUUCCCCAACUACCAGCCCUGGCAGCACUGGCUGUCCCUGCCCCUCAGCCUCCUCUUCCUCCUAGCCAUGGGGGCCAACGCCACCCUUCUCAUCACCAUCAGGAUGGAGGCCUCUCUGCAUGAGCCCAUGUACUACCUGCUCAGCCUUCUGUCCCUGCUGGACAUUGUGCUCUGCCUCACUGUUAUCCCUAAGGUCCUGGCCAUCUUCUGGUUUGACAAUAAAUCCAUCAGCUUCUCUGCCUGCUUCCUCCAGAUGUUUGUUAUGAACAGUUUCCUGACGAUGGAGUCCUGCACCUUCAUGGUCAUGGCCUAUGACCGCUAUGUGGCCAUCUGCAAGCCUCUGCAGUACCCGUCUAUCAUCACUGACCGGUUCGUGGUUAGGGCUGCCAUCUUUGUAGCAACCAGAAAUGGGAUUCUUACUAUGCCUAUCCCCAUACUUUCUUCCCAACUGAGAUAUUGUGCAAGAAUUAUCAAGAACUGCAUCUGCACUAACAUGUCUGUAUCCAAGCUCUCCUGUGAUGACAUCACUUUUAAUAAACUUUACCAGUUUGUCAUAGGUUGGACCCUGCUGGGCUCUGACCUCAUCCUCAUUGUCCUAUCUUACUCUUUCAUCCUGAAGGCUGUGCUUAGGAUCAAAGCGGAGGGAGCUGUGGUCAAAGCACUGAGCACAUGUGGUUCCCACUUUAUCCUCAUCCUCUUCUUCAGCACAGUCUUGCUGGUACUGGUCAUCACUAACCUGGCCAGGGAGAGGAUUCCCCCAGAUGUCCCCAUCCUGCUCAACAUCCUGCAUCACCUGAUCCCUCCAGCUCUGAAUCCCAUUGUUUAUGGGGUAAGAACCAGGGAGAUCAAGCAGGGAAUACGGAACCUGCUGAGGAGGUUGUAA